ACGCCUACAUAUGCGUCGUCGUCGUCAGGGAUGUCCAAGUCUUGUCGUCGAAAUGGCUCAGGCGAGCUCGACGUCUUCGAGGCAGCAUUAUACUUCUCCGGCGAGGUCAAGGAGGCCAGUCUGAUUGGUAUUCAAAGAACUCGGCGGGUGGCAGAAAGGAGGAGCGUGGAUGCGCCGCCCAGCAGAGAAGCCAUGGAGGCGAUCUUCCAUCGGCUCACGAAGUCAGAGAGCAAACCCAAGAACAGAGGAGACAGGCAACAUGGUAAGUUGGCUAACUUCAUUCGAUCAUUCUUCAACCUAGUGAUUUCGAGAAAAAAGAAGCAAAGGAAGAGUAGAGAAAGGGACCAGAAGUCAACUUCAUUGUUGUCGCAGAGAGAGAUAUCGGUUAAGUCCAACAAGUGCUGCCAUGAGAAGGGAGAAGCUUUGGUAGCAAAAGGAGAGUGGCAUGGGAAAACAGAAGAGGAGGAUGAUGGAGGAAGUGACUCCAGCUCCGACUUGUUUGAGCUCCGGAACUAUGCAAUGGGGGUUUACAGCUCAAAACCCAACCUGUCUCAGGGACCUUAAACUGGGAAACAGUCAGGACGGACGUGUACCAUUAGGCACUUGCAACAAGCACAAUAAACUGCUGUAGUAGUGGAUCUUACGCAUCUUCAUUGAAAUACUGUCAUUGAAUAUCUCAUGCCACUAUAAUUUGAACACCAGAAUUAUGUAUGAUUUAUCUUUGAACAAAUACAAAGCCAGGCUA